ACAUGUUCUGCCCUGGACUCACAUCUAAUCAAGAGUUUGGAUCUGCUGUCACUCCGAUCUGGCGGUAAAGAUAGGAAAGCCUAUAUGAGUUUACCGUCUUCCGUUGACCAAUCCGCACUCUCUCCGGACACAUUUCCAGCAGCGAGCAGCUCGGGUCCGGAGCGUAAUCGACAGUUGGCCAAAUGGGCAAGCAAGCAUAUAUAUCGCAUUUAUCAGACCGCAUUUAUCGAUAAGCUGGAAAGCCAGAUGGCUCAACCUUUGUCCCAGUUGCCGACUACCGCGCAUCCGAAAACCAAUUGCAUGGGAGUGACCAAUCACCAUGUUUCGCGUCCUUCACACUCACCAUCCAGAAGUCAAUUCGCCCAAUCCAGUGUUCCGGACACCGAUUCGGUAUUGCAUCAACGUGCAACUUCGUCGGUGACGGCUAAUGGUGAUGAUGAGCAGUGA